UUGUCGUCAUCGUUGCCCGACCGCUUUCCGGGAGACUGGAGUCGAAGGCCGUGAGUCAGCCAUAAUGGCAGGUGAAGAAAUUAAUGAACACUAUCCAGUAGAAAUUCACGAGUAUUUGUCAGCGUUUGAGAAUUCCAUUGGUGCUGUGGAUGAGAUGCUGAAGACCAUGAUGUCUGUUUCUAGAAAUGAGUUGUUGCAGAAGUUGGAUCCACUUGAACAAGCAAAAGUGGAUUUGGUUUCUGCAUACACGUUAAAUUCAAUGUUUUGGGUUUAUUUGGCAACCCAAGGAGUUAAUCCUAAGGAACAUCCAGUAAAACAGGAAUUGGAAAGAAUCAGAGUAUGUAUGAACAGAGUCAAGGAAAUAACAGACAAGAAAAAGGCUGGCAAGCUGGACAGAGGUGCAGCUUCAAGAUUUGUAAAAAAUGCCCUCUGGGAACCAAAACCAAAAAAUGCAUCAAAAGUUGCCAAUAAAGGAAAAAGUAAAAGUUAACUUUUUGGUUUUGAUGUACACAUAUUCAAAAAGUACAUCUUUUUUCCCCCCCACAAAAUAAUUCUGUGG